GACUGGGCGCUCAGGUCGGGCUGCAGGCGACAACAGCUCUGUCUUCCUGGACUUCUCUGGAUCCCCACACUUCGUCCCGAAAUGUCGGCGGCCAAGCGGACGGCGAAGGAGCUGGAGGACCUUCAGCAGGAGCUUCCCCCGUACCUGCGGGACCUGACCUUCGAGCCUAACAACGUGCUGCAGUGGCACGUGCUGCUGUUGCCUGAGCGACAUCCUUAUAGACUCAAGGCCUUCAAGCUGCGCAUCACAUUCCCCCGGGAUUACCCACUGAUGCCCCCCAGUGUGGCAUUCACAACCCCGAUCUACCACCCUGCCGUGGAAGACAGUGGGCAGGUGUGCCUGCCUAUCACCAUCAAUGAAAACUGGAAGCCUCAAUGCCGGAUCUACCAAGUCUUGGAUGCUGUCAACGUACUGGUGAAUCACCCGGAGUUAGGAGAGCCCGUGCAGUUGGCCUUGGCCGAGCAGUUGGCGAAUGACCCGGAGCAGUUCAACAGGCGUGCGGAAGAGCACACCCUCGAGAAUGGUGUGGAGCGGCCCAGCUAAACAGGCCCAGACCCUCUCUGCAUCCACCCCCAUGGACAGGCCGGGGGUCUCUGGUCACGGCUGAGACCCUGAUCAUUGUGUCUGUUUUUCUUACCUUGUGACUGCUCAGUCUGUGUGUGUGUGUGUGUGUGUGUGUGUGUGUGUGUGCAUGUGUAUGUAUGUGUGUGUAUGUGUGUGCGUGCAUUUGUGGUGUGUGGACCCACGUGUCCAGGUUUUCCUGGCCACAGGUGAGCUGCCUUAUCCACUCCCAUCCUCUGCCCCGAGCUGGGAGAUUUAAUUGGAAUUUCCAGGCUUUCUGCUAUGGAAUUCUGGUUUCUCUAGAUGCCGUCGUAGAGACACAGGGCCCUUCCCGAUCAGCUUGCAGGACAUGAGUCCCACAGCCAACUAGAACCUUCCUAUUCCACCCCCCCCCUUCCUGGAGCCCCCCACAUCCUAGAGAGCUGGGGGACAGGAUGGGGGGGGGAGCUGGGAUGCAGGGAGAGGUUGUAA